UUGACUUUAUCUGUAAAUGAACAUCAAAAAAAUUAAAGUAAUUGGACAUAUAUCCGCUAUGUUUAAAAAUACAAAUACUCGUACACAAAAAAUUCAAAUGAAUCUUUAUUAUGUUCCAAUGUAGAAUCCAAUCAGUUAACUAGAAAAUUCAAGUCCAAUAAGAUGAGUGUCAAGGAGAUACAUAUUGAGAAUCACCAACAAGCUGAUGAUGAUGUUGACAAUGAUAAAGAAAAUCCUGUCAACGAAAUUCCCAAUGAAAUAUUAGCAAAAAUAUUCAUGCUACUGCCAAUUGAUGAAUUAUUAAUCAUGGAAGAAGUUUGUAACAGAUGGAUGGAGGCUUGUCGACUAGCUUGGCGUGACAUUGAAAUAUACAAAUCUCGUGAAUCAGUUGAUCGUGAUUGUGAUGAAUAUAUGUUAACACAAUUAUACGUUGAAAAAAUAUUAUCAAGAUGUGGCGAAUAUUUAAAAGAAUUGUCACUCUCAAGAGCUUUCAAUUCAAGUAUCAUGAAAUUCAUUGCUGAUCACUGUAAAAACUUGACAACACUUGAAUUUCAAUUUAACGUAAAAACAAGUAACAAUGCCAGUGACUAUUUUCAAGCUUUUACCCAGUUGGAUAAAUUAAAAAUCAUUAAAAUUAAAGUUUAUCAUACAAUGUUUGAUAAAAUCAUCUGUCUGUUUGAUGCAAUGAACAGCUGUCUAUCAAAAGACAUUAAUGAAAUUCAUUUAUCAUUUUUUAAUGUAGAUGAUAGUUUUAGUCAUCGAAAAAUUUCACCCAAUUUUGACUUGAAAAAAUAUAAUAAUCUUCACAAGUUGUCUUUGAGAGACUGCAUUAUUAAAAACAUGAUUCAAGAAAUAUCAGAAAUGACAAAACUUGUUUAUCUUGAUAUUCAUGGUUUUAAAACGAUUAGAAUAUUUGAUAUAACUAAAUUUGAUUUUCGAAAUUCUGGUAUUCAUGCACUAUCAAAUUUGCAGUAUCUUGAACAUUUAAAUUUAUCAGCAACUAAAAUACCGAGUGACUCUGAUCUUAUUGUAAUUGCUUGUAAAUGUGUAAAUUUAAAUUAUUUAAAUAUCGAAAAUAUGUGUUAUGGUAGUGGUAUUAGUACAAAUGCUCUUCUGACUUUGACAAAUUUAAAAAAUUUAAAAACUUUAAUUGUCAACUGGAAUCGUAAUGUUACAGACCACUUUAUCAAAAGCUUAAGAGGAAUAACAACAUUGCAUUGUUUUGGUUGCGAACGCCUUACUGAUAUUGGUGUUAUUGAAUUUAUAAAAAAUUGUCCAGAUCUUAAAAGUCUUGUAAUUGGCUUAGAUCAUGGGCUUACAAAUGAGAUUAUUGUUUCUGCUGAUCAUGUUACAAGAGAUCGUACAAAUAAUAUUAUUUUACGUUUAAAAACUUAUUGUGACAACGAAAAAGUUGUUGAUGACUAUGUUAUUAAAUCUCAAUGGUUGGCUCAUCUUAGAGAAAAUGUUGAAACAAUAAACAAACAAAAACCAUAA